GGUUUUGCAGCCCAAGCUUUGGGUCGGAGUAUAACUCCGCCCGAUAUGCCCGAUCUCUUUUCGUGGGUGGAUAAUGGUGAGGGUCGAGCAAUGCGAGGUUCGGGUCGGAGUACGACUCCUCCCGAUAUGCCUGAACUAGUGUUGGCGGGCAAUGAUUAUGGUCAUUCAGCACGAACUUUGGGCAGGAGUAGAACUCCUCCUGAUCUCAUGAUGCCUGAUAAUGAUGGUUGGGUACCAUUCUUGCGUCGACAAGAGCUUCUUCCUGAGCUCCAACACUUUGAGAAAGUGAUUGGAGUUCUUUUGAAAAUAAAAUUGAGGGGGGAGGACGAUGAUACAGCCGAUUACCGCAUAAUUUAUCAGGAGGAAUCUGACGCACCCCCUCCGUAUUGGUGUUUUGGGCCUACUAACCCCUACGAGGAAUUACUAUGCGUAAUUCUUCAGUUGCGGAUUGUGGAGGCAAUAGGAACUCGAACUGAGUAUCGCGUGGUUUACGGAUGCGACGAUUAA